UAUUGAAGUGGAGCUUUUACAUACUUACUAUAGUUUAUAUUUUCUUGAUUAUGGAGGAAAUUUCGCUUUUAAUUCGUGGAGAAGAGUUUAUAGUGAAAAAAGAGGUAUUGUGUGAAUAUAGUGAUUAUUUUAAGGCAAUGUUCAGUGGAAAUUACAUAGAAAAAGAGAAAAGCCAAAUUAUCAUAGAUGUCUUACCGCCAAAUAUAAUGCAAAUUAUUCUUCAGUACAUGAACAUUGGUUUAAUAGACUUAUCAGAUUAUUCGCAUCAAAUAAUUGGUGAAAUAGCGAUGGCUGCUAAUUUCCUUCAAAUAUCAGAACUUAUAAAACAGAUUGAAUACACAUUAGAUAUUCAAUUAUCUGUUAACAACUGGAUUGAUACAAUGACAAUUGCUGAAAAUGCUUCUUAUAUAAAACUGGAGGAACAUGCAGUUGCAUUUGGUCUUUUUUCCUUUAAAUUAAUGAAGCCUAGUUUCAUAUCGUCAAUAAAAAAAUUAUUCUGGUACCUAUCACAUCCAUAUUUAGAUGCAGAAUGUGAACUAGAUGUGUUUAAAUUUGGUCUAGAUUGGGUACUGAAUAAUGAAACUGGAGCAGAUGCUAUUAUGAUUGUAUUAGGAAGUCUAGACUUAAGUAGGUUAUCACUUAGUGAUUUUUUAGAAAUGAAAUCAUUAACAACUGAUUACAACAGCAGUCUGCCAGCUAAAGUAAUUGAUGGUCUGGUCUCUUUACACAAAAAAUAUGGAGAACUAUCACCACAGAUAAUAUCUGAACAAAAGGAAUUGCAAUGUGAAACAUUUACGAGAAGAGUUUACGAUGAAAUUUGUAAUUUGGUUAAAGAAAGUAAACAUCGGAAGUUAAAGUUUACAUUAUCUCUUCCGAUGACAAUCAAACAACCAUUAGCGGAUGAAUCUCCACACUAUAUGUAUACAUAUACUUUAGGAGUCGGAUUUGGCAAAUGGUUAGAAUUGGUUGAGAAAAAUUUAUGGGGAUGGAAUGUGGUGUCAUAUAAUGGGACAAAACUUGUUAUUGUCUGUGGUGAGUAUGGCAAAGGCACUGGUAUGUUUAUGAGAGAUGUAAAAGAAUAUGAUACAUUGAGAAGAGAAUGGAAUAGACAUGGAGUUCAGUUGCCACAGAGAAGACAUGGCAGUGUUGCCGUUUUGGGUGACUCUUUAUACAUUAUCGGAGGUGUAGGUGGGUUUAGGGUAGUAUUAGAUACAGCAAUAAUAUAUAACAUGAGAGAAAAGACUUUUAGAAGUAUCGCAAAACUUCCAGACGCGAUACAGAAUCCAGCAAUUUGUUGUCACAAUAAUUAUAUAUAUACAGCUGGUCACAAACACAUUUAUAGGCAUGUGGAAUCUGAUGAUAAAGAUCAAUGGGAAUUAGUUGCUACCGUUAGUUUUCGAGUUAAAUGCAUGGUGUCCCACAAAGGGUACAUAUACUGUACACAAAGUUAUUUUAACGAAUUGUAUAGAUUUAGGCCAUUUGUUGACAAUGAAUUGCAACCACUUACUGGGUUUUACAACAUACCUACAGUAUUAUGUAAUUUAGGCGGACGAUUGUUAGCAUUCACUGAAAACAAUAAACUCUUCAAACACACUGACGUUUUGUCUUUAGAAGAAUACACGGACAAUGCAGAGUUUCCCGAAGUCCUUUACACACAGACAGAUGCUCCGAUGACAGUAAACGAAACUGCAGGGUAUUGUGCCUUAGUGAUGGAAACACCUCCGUUAUGCAAAUCUGUGUCAACAUACCAUUUGCAAUAUUUGACAAAAUAUCCAGAUUGAAUUGUGACUCAAAUUUAGUAUUUUCUGAGAAUGUUUUUAAGACUUAAGUAUAAUAUUU